AACGAGACUUGUUUUAGUCCCGUUGAGGCUGCGGAGUGAGGGACGACCCGGCCGGCCGGCGAGUUUCAAGUGGCCGGGCGGAGCUGCUGUGCACAGUGAGCACCUGAGCGCUCUGUUUACUGCCUCUGCACCCUCCUCAUCCUCUCACUUGACCACAGCCGUUCAAUGUCACCACUUCUACUUUGACUUUGAGCCUCGACAAGUCUGGAACAAGUCCCGGCAGCCACUGACGGAGACAUCUGCGACGCCUCAAUAUGUACCAGGGGCAUUUACAGGGCAAAGACUCUAGGGCUGCAGAUAAGACUGUUGCCAUGGUCCUGAAGGAGAUACCAAGUAAGGCGUCAUCAGAAGGGAAGCCCCUCCUCACGGUGACUACCAAGCUAGUGAGUGAGCAACAAGAGAGUCGCCCGCUUCUGAGCCCAUCAAUUGACGAUUUUCUCUGCGAGACUAAGUGUGAUGAGCUUUCCCGCCCAGUGACCUCCAACACAGCAGUUCUGUCAUCAACAUUGGACCUAUUGGAUCUCAGUGAGCCAAGUGAGCACAGAAAGAACAAAGACAGGAAGAGUCCUCGUUCGGCCAGGAGAGACAAGCAGAACAGUCCGCACAGGAAAAAGACUGCCGAGACAGAGCUGAUCCAGGUGGAGGUGGAACAGAGCAUGCGGACACCAGAGAGGGCAUCACUGGAGUCCGCUAUUAUUGGUUCACCGUUGGAUAAAUGGGAAGAGUUGAACCCCAACCCUGAGAGAAACGGUAACAGGAAGUGGAAACUGGAGAGACGGCGUUCAUCAAGAAACUCUUCGAAUGAAUUUCUGUGGUCCGUUGACUGUAAAACCCAAUUAGAGCCAUUGAAUAAGAACUGCGUGGAAGCAAACACCAAAGUGGAGCCAGAGUCUGCCCUAGUGUCUCAACUCAACAGGCAGUAUAUUAGUGGAAGACAUGCUCGUCUAACCAAGGAUCAGCGGUGGGGCAGCGCCCACCUUUCCAGACAUCAGUCCCUAGAAGAGGAGUUUGAGAGAGCCAAGGCUGCUGUGGAGUCAGAUACAGAAUUCUGGGAUAAGAUGCAGGCAGAGUGGGAGGAAUUGGCUCGGCGAAACUGGCUGACGGAGAAUGAGCAAACCCAGAUUCCCUCCACUGUCUCUCCACAUGAGAAGGGUUACUACUUCCACACAGAUAAUCCCUAUAAGGACUUGCCUAAUGCGUUUGAGGAGGGGCUGAAGAAGUCUCGAGAAGGAGACUUGCCAAAUGCGGUGCUGAUGCUGGAAGCAGCUGUCUUGCAGGAUCCUCACGAUUCAGAGGCUUGGCAAGUGCUGGGCACCACCCAGGCCGAAAACGAGAAUGAGCAGGCGGCAAUUGUCUCCCUCCAGAGGUGUUUGGAGCUCCACCCCAACAACCUCCCAGCCCUCAUGGCCUUGGCGGUGAGCCUGACCAACACGGGCAUGCGCUACGACGCUUGCGAGGCUCUGCUCCGCUGGUUGCGACACAAUCCGAAAUACAAACACCUCCUGAAGGGGAAAAAACAUCUUGCGGGAUCCCCAAACUCCCAGCGCAGGAUGUCUCAUGCACCCAACAUUGGCAGGCAUGAAAGCUCCAUGCUACCCGAGAUCAAGGAGCUCUUCCUGGAAGCUGUCCAGCACAACUCGGACACCGUUGACCCAGACUUGCAGACGGGUCUCGGGGUGCUUUACAACCUCAGUGGCGAGUUCAACAAGGCGGUGGAUGCUUUCAACACGGCUUUGUCAGUGCGGCCUGAGGAUUACUUGCUGUGGAACCGGCUCGGGGCCACGCUGGCAAACGGAGACCGGAGCGAGGAGGCGGUGGAGGCGUACACGCGAGCUUUGGAGCUUCAGCCGGGAUUUAUCAGGUCCCGCUACAACCUGGGAAUAAGCUGCAUUAACCUCGGAGCACACAGAGAGGCGGCCAGAAACUUCCUGACGGCCCUCAGCCUUCAGCGGAAAAGCCAGAGUCGGCAGCAGUCACACCAGGUCAUGUCUGGAAACAUUUGGGCCGCUCUCAGAAUAGCUUUGUCCAUGAUGGACCAGCCCGAGCUCUUCCAGGCUGCAAACAUUGGUGACCUGGAUCAUCUCAUGCGAGCUUUUAACUUAGACAUAUGAGGAAUAGUAACGUAGCGUCGACCACAUUUCCUCCUCUUUCUUCUAGCCAGUAGCUGAAAGCCCAAAGUGGACACAUCAGAAUGCAGUGGAUGUAAUGCACGAGAGAUUAGUCUGGAUUUUGGUUUUUGUUCUUUUGUUUUUUACGGACGUCGUCCAGCCCAGUCACCUUGGAGCAAUUCUGAGGACAAGUUCUUCCAAGUGACUGCUUUGUGACAGAUUUGCACUGCAAUUUGCAAGUAUCCUGAAGAGCACAAGGACGGGCGAAGAUUGCACGAGCAAUGCCUUAGAGAAUAGAUCAAUUAAAAACAGGCUCACUCAUUGGAACAGAGCUGAACCAGGAGAGAGCUCACAGAGGGAACGUCAUGUUCAGUUUGCUGUUGGCACACAACCGAUGACGUUUUGUGAAAACAAAGCUUUCCAAACAACUCAGUUACUCAGAAAGACUCAUGGGCGCUUUGAUUGAGCAAAUGAAAACGACUGCACCGUAUAACCUGAAGUUCACAAUUCUCUUCCUGGCUUGAAAUAACGCUCCCGCAUGACUUUUCAAAAGUUUCCCUUUUGCACUUGAGACAAACCGGUAACCUCCUCCAUCCAAGUGGAAUGUGCAAGCCAGGUUGUGUAAGCCUUACUCAAAAGCAUGCCAACAAGAUUUAUUGAUACUAUUUUUAUGGCAACACAAAAACAUGAAGCCAUUGCAUCCCAUUCUAUAUAUUAUAUUACCAGACUGGUUUCACUUUCUUGAUUUACUGCCGUCUUCUAAACUUGAAAUCUUUCUGAGCCGUUAAUUUGUUGUUGUCUUCUCAUUUGACGAAGUUUUUUUUUUAAAUCUUUGUUCACUUCAUGUUAAUGGUUCUAAGAACUUUACUUUGCAGCUAGGCAACACAUUUGGAGAAAAGAAACGUCCGUGUGUACUCUGUUUAAGCUUUUAAACCUUCAAACUUUGCCUCUGUCAUCAGCCAUCAUUUGAAUAGAGAUUUUUCGCCAGUACAUCACACUCACGUUUCGAGCGGGAACUAUCGUUUUCACCAAGCAGUGCAGUUCAAGGUUAAGGUUUGGAUAUGGUACUCUCACAGAAGGAUAGAAAAAUAUAGCACCUAGACAAUUAUAUACCAAAUCACACUGUUCUGCUUGGUGGAAAUAAGAGUUUGGUCACAAACAAAUGACUGUAAGAAGCCAGAAAAGUCAAAUACCCUAAGAAUGUCUUCUGCAGAGGCAUUAUCUAAAAGUUACUCUGUGAAGUCAGCAACGUCCUUUCCUUUUCAGUAAAAUGGAGGAAAUGAUAGCUCAUCUGCUUUACUGAACAUUUAGCUCAGCGUGGCUGCGGCCCUGCCAGGCUGAAGAUGUGGAUUGGUGAUCGGUGGGGGGGUGUUUGUUUCUGAUCCUAUGCAAAAGGUCAUGUUUUAUGUUUAGCGGACCUUAAAAAAAAAACUUGCUCAGAAUGCUAUCAGGGAAGCCAGAGCCGAGCGCUUGAGCUAUUCAUCUUUCCAAUCGUGCAGUCGUGUGGUCACAGGGUGAAUAAGGAUAAGGAUUUCAUUAGGAAAGGGACGUGAGACAAUAACAACAGAUAAACCCAAAUCUGAAGAUACACGCAACCCGAUCCAUUAAGUGGUAGCCUGUUGUGGCACGUUGUGUAAUGGGGUAGUGUUGUUUUUGGCCUCGUUUCCACCUAAAACGUCAGAAUUCGAUCACUGCUCCACUGCAGAUUUUCCCUGUGAAAGCAUGUGGGAUACCUUUUGAAAAAGAACACCAGAGUACUGACAGGAAACGUAACUAAUCACAUCGCAAGAUUGUUCAGUGGUAGUCAAAUGUCACGAACUACGAGUUGGCGUUGCAACAAGGAGGAAUCAUCUGAAGCAGGCUGCCAAAAUCCAAUAAUCAUGAGCAUAUCGUAUCCAAUUUUUGCUUGCACCGGACUCUUCGCUCAACUAAAAAUCAAAAACUAAAGAUCAAUCUAUUUGGCCUCUUCUAAAAUAUUUAGCUUAGCUUUUUACAUGCGGCUAUGCCUCCCCCAUUUUGAAAAUCACAGCAACAUGAACAAAAUAUUUGUGCAAUCCGGUCUUUUUAUGGAGUCAUUCACAUUCCCCAGACACACCACCAAACAAAAUAGUACUAAAGAUACAGAUACUACUAUAAUGAUUAAUGUGUCUCAAUAUACUCACAAAUGUACUUAUUCAGUGUGGAAUCUGGGCCCGUUUAGUUGAAACAAAGGUUUUUCUUUCUGUUACUAAACGUCACUGGCAUAGACAGAUGAACCAAGAUACAUUGUUUGGAGUAAAUAACAAAUACAUUUCGGACCAUUGAAGUGAAGUUGGAUAAUUUCCCAAGGUACACCUGAUGAUCCCUCACAUCAGAAAUAAUGUGCCUGGCUCAGUGUUUGGGAAUCACUGCUCUACUUUCCUGGCAUGGUCAGUCAGAGGUCACUGAUGUCGGCCUGGCUUGCAAUAUCUAUUCUAGUUCAUUCCCUUGUCCUAAUGUACACUAGUUGAGGAGGCGCAAUCAUGACGAGAACAAGAACAGAAAUGUUCAGAAAAGGGCUUUUCCAAAACAUUUCCCCCACAAAGUUGGAAAUUGUCUAAAAGAUGUCGAUAAGAUGAAACGUGUACAAUUAGAGGGAAUAAAGGGUGUAACCAACCCUAGAUUGAUUAAUUAAUGAAUUCGUUUUGAGAUGUGUUCUAAUAUUUUUGGUCACAUACUUAAUAUACAAGGGGGGGGGUCCUGGUUUUACGACGGUCCCGACAUGUCACUUUGAGGUUACGAACGACUCACAGUUAAUGCUUUAUUUAUUGUUUUUCAUUUAUAUUUAUGGCCAGACAAGUGUUUUUCAUACAUUUACUGUAAUGGUGACUUUACUACUGCGUUAACCUAUGAUUUAUGUGCGUCAUAAACUGAGGACACACUGUAUAAUCUACUGUAUGUGCAUGCAGCUGCAGCAUCUACAGCCAGGGAUGGAAACAGUUUGUGAUCAGCAAUGAAAGCAAUAGUUGGGUGAGACCACCAGAAAGAGUUUUAUGGUCCCUAAACAAUUUUUAACUGAUCCCCUCCCCCAUUGUCCUCAUUAUUUCAAUGUUGUACUUAAACGCAGCCACAUAGAAAUGGCAGAAUGGCUUUGGAUGAGUCUUUUGUGCCUCUGUGUCACAGCUGGCCAGCACAUCGGUUUGCUUUCACCAGCCUCACCCACACUGUAGGAACAUGCUGACAUUGCCAGGUAGCCACACAACGGCCACCGAUACAAGCCCCUUUCUUUUUCUUUUAAUAGACAUAUGGCAGUCAUUUACAAACAUGUCAUUUUUCAGCUCUGGAUCAAAACUGAUACGAUGAUGUCUGUUUCCAAAUGUACGAAAUGUUUUGUGAUCGAGGCCUGCAGGCCUUUGCUGUUUUUGCUCGAAAUGAAGAAGUUAUUUUUUUAACGAAACCUUUGAUGGCAUACUGUAUUGCCAUCGAGUGUCGGUAGAAGCGACUUGUUGAAGCCUCUCAGGUGAACUAUCAUAGAGCAUGCUCCUGAGGAACAAAACGAGCUUGAUCGCAUGCCAGAUCCUUUACAUUGAGUUUGUAUGCAUGAAUAACGAGGAACUGCUUUCUUUUAUUCCCAGUAACUUAUCAACAUAACAUAUUGUAUUACAUUUCAUUGCAAUAUGUUUGCAAUUAAAAACUGCAUCCUAGAGGGAAUAAAAGGUGAAUAUACAUACAUCUAUAUACUGUAAAAUGCUUUGGUUAGAAUGAGCAGCUGCGCAAGGGAGACAGAAUAAAUGAACACACUAACUAUGAAGCUCACUAGUACGUUACUACAACACAGCUAUAUUGCUAGGAAUUUUUGAAUUCUGACUUGUACAAAACUACUGAUAACAUUUUCUAAUAACCCCAACUAUUGGAAUGAUACAUUUCCCCAAAUGUUUUAGUUGUUGCAAUUAAUCAUGAUUAUUUGAUCAAUAAAUGAGUUAAACCCAUUUGCAUGACACCUAAUUAAUUACGGUGUCGUAAAAAUUUUAUGAGUGCAAGAAUUUAGUGUCAGAAAGACUAGGAUGACCAUUAUUUCUUACUUACAGUACAUGGAGACAAAGGCUAUAGCUAGCAAGAUGAUAUUAAAAGUACUGUAUUACAAUCUAAAAUCAUGAAAUGCGUGACGCAGUAUUAGGGCCAAACUGAAUAUAAAAGUGACAAUACAAGAAUAAAGCCAUAGACUUCCAAGAAGAAAGUUAAAUUUUCUGAAAAUUAUUUUUGAUAUACGAUAAGAAUACAUUUGUAAUAUUGCCAAAAACGUUUGAUUUACAUAUGAAUACACUUAAUGUUAUCGGAAAGUUGGAAUCUUACCAUAAAUCAACAAAAAUAUAUAUAUAUAUAUUUUUUUUUUUAAUUAUUUUUAAACAGACGUAAAUCUUAAUUUUAUGGGAAUAAAGUCAUACUUUUGAAAGAAUAAAGUAAUAAUAUAACAAGAAAAAGUUUGAUUUUAUGAGAGAACUGUUGAUUGGCUGGCGACCGGUUCAGGGUGUACCCCGCCUCCCGCCCGAAGAUAGCUGGGAUAGGCUCCAGCACGCCCGCGACCCUACUGAGGAGAAGCGGUAAAGAAAAUGGAUGGAUGGAUGUUGAAAUAUUAGGACAAUCUACCAUUUUAGGAUAAAAUUGCUAUGUUAUGAUCAAACAAUAAUAUGAGAAUAAAGUUGUUACAUUGCAGAGAAAAAGAUUGUAAUGUACAAUGAAGUCCUCCUUUUACAAUGCCUAGAUGUUACAAAGAAAAAAAACUAAACAUUUUAUUGGGAGAAAAGUUGAAGUAAAAAAAAUGCAAUUUGAAAAAAACUAAUUACAUGGGGAAAAAAAUCCUGUUUAUGUAAUACAAGCUUUAGCAAACAUUAAGAUAAGGACUAAGUUUAGCAGUGUGGCCCAAAUACUUCGUCAAAAGAGAUUUAUGGUCCUCCUUUUGAAUCUGCAAUGAUACUUUUGCAAAACCAACAGUACAGUGUAACUAAAUUCUGCUCUUAAAAAUAACAUAUAUUACCUGUCCUAUUUUUCCAUGUGAUGAAUUAGUCACUGAAUUCUAAACUUUGGCUUGAUUUUAUUUAAAAAUCCUUCUCUUGCCUUAUGACUAUCAAAACAAAUCUAUAAAUGUGCCUCGUCAUUUUCCAUUACAUGUCAAGUUCUUACACUCAUUUAAGGUUUUUGUCAAAGGGUAUAAAUGGUUGGGGUUUAGGAGAGUUAUCAGUAUUUUUGUCUUCAUGCAAGUGUACAAAAGGCAUUUUGCUGUUUUGUUUAGCCAUGCAUCCUGAAGCAAAUGAUAUUUUGAUGGGACAACAUUGAAAUAAUACACUUUAUAUACAUCAAUUCAUGUAGUUCGACACUAUAAUGCAUAUUACUCUGUAUAAUCAUAAUGAACGCAUUAGAACCUUUAAAAUGAACAAUAUGAAAGUAAUCUUUUCAAAAAAUAAAGUUGUUAUACGUACAAA